CGCCGCCGGAUCAUGGGGGUAGUUUCGUCUUUUAACUUUUUGUCCCGAAAGAAGAAAAUGAUAAAUAUUUGUGUUUUUGGCCUUCUUCUUUAAAACGGAGAAUCCCAUUAAUCGCGUGGUUUUGAAGACGAAGAGGAAUAAGGGCAUAACGAACAAAAGACGACACAGCGAACAAAAAUGGGUGAGGUGGUCAAGGAUGUAAGAGAAGAAGUAAUCCAGGCUUGGUACAUGGAUGAUAACGAAGAGGAUCAGAGGCUUCCUCACCACAAGAAUCCUAAGGAGUUUAUCUCUUUGGACAAACUUGCAGAGCUUGGAGUCCUGAGCUGGAGACUUGAUGCUGAUAACUAUGAAACCGAUGAGGAGUUGAAAAAGAUCCGCGAAUCUCGUGGUUAUUCCUACAUGGACUUUUGUGAGGUUUGCCCUGAGAAGCUCCAAAACUAUGAAGAGAAAGUAAAGAGCUUUUUCGAAGAACAUCUGCACACUGACGAAGAGAUCCGUUACUGUGUUGCAGGAAGUGGUUACUUUGAUGUGAGGGAUCGCAAUGAAGCUUGGAUUAGAGUAUGGGUAAAGAAAGGUGGUAUGAUAGUCUUGCCUGCUGGAAUUUAUCAUCGCUUCACCGUGGACUCAGACAACUAUAUCAAGGCAAUGCGGCUUUUCGUGGGUGAACCGGUGUGGACACCAUACAAUCGACCACACGACCAUCUUCCUGCAAGGAAAGAAUAUGUUGAUAACUUCGUGAAGAAAGCCAUCAACGCCUCUGCUUAGAGAGCUCUGUCUCACUACAAUAAAGAGAGUUUCCUCUCAAAUCUCAUAGAUAUGUAUGCAUUGCCUGUGGAGAAUGCUGGCUUUGGUGUGCUUGUGUUGUAAGCUUAAAUUACACUCUCUGUUAAGUCUGUGUUUACCAUUUCUAUGUAAUUAUCCGUUUUACGAAGAGACAAAAAUUACUUAAAUGGGAAUCAAUGGUCAACGCAAUCUGCUUGUGGUUCACAAUCACA